AUGUAUGCAGCCCAGCAAUUGACUGAAUAUGCACAGAGCGGAAAUGUAAUCCUUACCGAUUCUGAGCUCAAAAUACUUGCCUUGUCUAGAAAUGUAACCGAAGGAGAAGGUCAAGAGGCGCAGAAGGUUGGGCUACAUUAUUCCCUUGAAAGCAGACAAAACUUCCUUGGAAUACCAGAUCUUACGCAAGAAAGAGUUCGUGCUGCACUGGUUGAGGCUGUUACAAGGUCGUCAGCCGCAAAAGCUCCCACAUCGAAACCGAUCUCCAAACCAGGAGAUGUACUCCGAAAAUGCUUGGCUUUGUCGAUUACGGAAUUGCCCCCUAUUUUGGUCGACCACAUUCUACAGGCGAACAAUUUCGACACUUCUGUUAAGCCUGAGGUAGUUUUGGAAGAUGGUUCUCUUCUCAAUGAUCUGACGGAGAAUCUGCGCCAAGCAAGAGAGCUUGUUGAAUCUAUCACAUCACCUGCAGUAUGCACUGGGUUUAUAUUUGCAAAGAAAACACACCAGGAACAAAUCCAGCAGCGCAAGGACAGCGACUCCAGGACCGGCCUGCUUUACGAAGAUUUCCAUCCCUUUGUCCCAACCAAAUUCGAGAAGAAGAGCAAUAUCGAGCUUCUCAGAUUCCAGGGCUACAACAAAACUGUCGAUGAGUUCUUCUCAUCUUUGGAGGGCCAAAAACUAGAGAAUCGCCUUGCGGAGAGAGAAGCAGCUGCUCAACGGAAACUCGAUUCAGCUAAACAAGAUCAAGUAACCAGAAUCAAGGGACUGAAAACUGCCCAGUCUGACAACUUCCGGAAAGCAGCAGCGAUUGAAGCGAACAUUGAACGGGUCCAGGAGGCUAUGGACUCGAUCAAUGGCCUUCUAAGACAAGGAAUGGACUGGGUCGACAUAGGGAAGCUUGUUGAAAGAGAACAAAAGAAAAACAACCCAGUUGCGAACCUGAUUUGCCUGCCUUUGAAUUUGGCCGACAAUAUCAUCUCGGUUCGCUUGAGCGAAGAAGAAGAUACCGAGAGCGAAGAGGAGGACCCAUUUGAAACAGAUGACAGUGAUGAGGAAUCUGUAGACGGUUUGGAAGCUCUCAAGGAGGAUCGGACAAGUGCAGACAGGACUCUGGUUGUUGAAGUGGUCCUAACGCUCAGUCCCUGGAGCAAUGCAAGAGAAUACUACGAUCAACGAAGGACGGCUGUUAUAAAGGAAGAAAAAACUCAGCUGCAGGCCGACAAGGCCAUCAAAAGCACCGAAGAGAAGAUUAAGCAAGAUUUGAAGCGAGUCUUGAAGCAAGAGAAGGCGUUACUGCAGCCUAUUCGGAAUCUCAUGUGGUUUGAGAAGUUUUAUUGGUUCAUUUCUUCUGAUGGCUAUCUUGUCGUUGGCGCAAAGGAUAAGUCUCAAGCAGAGAUUCUAUAUCGGCGGCAUUUGCGUACUGGUGAUGUCUUCUGCCAUGCUGACGCAAAUAAUGCUGCCGUUGUCGUUGUGAAAAAUAACCCGAACACAGCGAAGGCACCAAUUGCACCAGCCACGCUCGCUCAAGCCGGCCAACUGAGUGUUUGCUCCUCCGAGGCCUGGGAUUCAAAAGCUGGGGUUGGAGCUUGGUGGGUUACUUCUGACCAGGUGUCUAAGUCAACUGCAACAGGAGACAUUCUGCAACCGGGCAACUUCAACAUCAGCGGCGAGAAGAACUUUUUACCCCCAGGGCAGCUGAUGCUCGGUCUCAGCGUCAUGUUCAAAAUUAGUGAAGAAAGCAAGGCGCGCCAUAACAAGCACCGUGUACACGAACAGGGCGCUCCUCAAAGGGAAACUGAUUCAAAGUCUUCACACGCUGAACCGGCAAUGACAGCGAAUGAUACCCCACAAGACACCACUACCACAAAAGCCAGCGAUGAGUCCAAUAACGAAGGAAAUGCAACUGACAAUGAAGAUGAGGAUGAAGAACCCGUCAGAGCCAAUCCUCUCCAUAGCGAGGACCUUGGCGGCGAGACCACGCGGUCUGAGGAACAUAAGGAACAAACGAUACCGACACUGGCUUCUCUGAAUAUCACAGAGGAGAGUGAUGAGGGCGCUAACGAGCGGUUUGCUGUCCAAUCGGCGGCUGUCAUCAUGGAAACUCGCACAGAAACGAAAAGUACUGCCACGGCUGCGGCCAGUAGUGGAAUACCGCCUGAGUCUAAGAAGCUAAAGAGAGGCCAGAGAGGAAAAGCGAAAAAGAUCGCUGCAAAAUACAAAGACCAGGAUGAAGAGGACCGUGCUGCUGCUGAGGUGCUGAUUGGAUCUGCUGCGGGCAAACAGAAAGCUGAGGCUGAGGUGCAGGCGAAGCUGAAGCGAGAGCAAGAAAUGGAACAUGCGAAGGCGAGACGUCGCGAACAGCACGAAAAGAAACAAAAAGAGGUAGUUGAACACGAGGAGAGGAGACGUGCCGUUCUCGAUCACGAAGCAGACGACGAAGAGGAACAGCAGGCGCCAAUCGACCUGUUGGUCGGCACGCCUCAUCCUGGUGACGAAAUUUUGGAAGCCGUAGUCGUAUGCGCCCCCUGGGCUGCAUUGGGACGAUCCAAAUACAAGUUUAAGCUCCAGCCGGGCCCCGUGAAGAAGGGCAAAGCAGUGAAGGAGUUGCUGGAACGUUGGAGGGCGGACGCGAGCCGAAAAGGUGCUCUGGAUGAAACGAGCACGGACAUGGAGAAGAUGUGGCCUCGAGAGGUGGAAUUGAUCAAGUUCAUGAAGCCAGAGGAGAUUGUCAACACUGUACCUGCUGGGCGAGUUCGACUCGUCGUUGUUGGUGCGAACUCCGGCUCCAAAGGCGGCCGUGGCACCGGGGGAGGCAAGAAUCAAGCAAAGGGUGGCAAAAAGGGCAAAUGA